AUGUAUGAUUUGCCUCCAAUUUCAAUAUUUCGUUUUAUUUCUGGUUUCAAGGUUCGUCGUGAAGGCUCAAACGACAAUUUGUAUAUCAUUUACAGCAGCUCGCUUGCUCCUGCCGAGAUUCGCGCCAAGUUGAAAGCUUGGAAGAAAACGCAACCUGUUGGCGUCGUUUCCGAAUUGAAGAAGCAAAAGCACCAACUAAUCGAGGACCACAAAAAGCUGAUCUCGAAAGUGUAUGAAACGAUCCAACAACUUCCGACUGCUUUCGAGAAGGUCAUGGCCGCAAUGAACCGCAAGCAUCUUUCGCCGCGUUCGGCGCUACAUGAAGCAUACGCAUAUCUUCAAAAAAUUGAUAAGAACGUUGCGAUUAGCCUAUUGAAUGUGUUCGAUGUUCUUGGAUGCCCUCUGCCGGCUGAUAAGAAACCAUAA